AUGACGGCGAAACGACUCAUCGGAAGAACGGCGAUUCCCUGUAUUGCCAUUCUCGUUAUCAUCUAUCUGGCCUUUCCAAAGAGCUGGUUCCAACAGGAAGGGAAAUACGAGAAACGAUCUGUGGAGUGGUUUACAUACGAUGACCCUUCCGAUCAGCCAGUUGCUUCAUUCUUCGAUAUUCUUCCAUCCAACGCGUCCCCGAAACCCUCGAGCUCCGGCAAGCCAGAGCACUCGCGGCCGACCGACACUCUCAUUGAUAAAUUUGACUUUAACAAGCCUGUUGAACUACAGUUUGAAUGGGCAAGCGUCAAUCAAAAUUUCACUGCCGAAGCCACCCGAUUUCUUCGACUUAUUCAAAGCUCAAAACCUCUAUGCCCAAAUAUGCUGACAAUCAGUGAUCUAGAGUUCAAAGUCUGCAAUGUAAUGCUGAGCAAUUUCCCGGUGUACAGCUUCAACAUCGAUCAGAAAGAUCCCGCGGAUCUUCAAAUAUUCGGACAUAAUCCCAACGCCCAAUUGCCAGUACCAGAUGCUUCUCACUUUUCGUUCGAGAUGGUCGCUUUGGACAACGUCGACUCUGCCAAAGCGAAGAAUCGCCGCUGGAGUAGGAAUACUUUCGCUACUUUGCGCAAAAAGCACAAUCACAACAUUAUCAGCCUUGUGAUUUUAUCGAUGAAUUCUGCCGAGUGGAAGAUCCUGCGAAAUGUGCUCGAGACAGGGGAAGUUAAUCGUAUCGCGCAGCUCGUUGUUCAGCUGCAUCUUUCUUGGGCUGGCUUUGGCGUCUCCGGAGAUGAUGCUCAAGUAGUGCACAACUGGACAGAAGUCGUCAGUGGACUGGCGAAAGCGGGCUUUACGUUGAUACACUCCGCUGAAUUGCCAGGUCCAAAGAUGUUUCUUGGUCAAACAGAUACAUUCAACUCGUCUAGCCGAUACUAUCUGACGUUUUUGAGGAAAGACCUUUUAGAUUCUUCUGUUAGCCUUUAA